CAUCCGGCCAAAUGGCGACCGAAGAAGCCAUAGGCACUGUUGUCACGUUGUGUACUUUGCAGUGUUUCAUUAAUCAUUGUUUACUAGCAGUAUCGGCGCACCCGAUAGACACUGCCAUACUGGUACCGGGGAUAUCCUCGACGACCGGGGAGGCCCCUUCAAGGGCGAAACCGGCCGCCGACCAAUUUUCCAAGGUUGUUGAAUGAAGAUUUUGAGAUCUCAAUUGACUCGAUAGAGUAACAUUUAAUCAUGGAGGUGGUUGCAACGGAAGAUGAGGCCCAGACAGUUUUGUCAUUAGAAGGCAUGGAAGGGGCUCAAUAUAUGACCCUUCCUGAGCGAUACUCUCUGAAUGAAGAACUUAUUUCAGAAGGAAUGGUCGUUGAUAUGAUUAAUGGAGUUACCACAGAUUAUACUAGUGGUGCACAAUAUUAUGAGAAUGAUGAUGUUUUGCGAGAAGUAAUGACAGAAGAGGAUCAGAAACUAGCAGAAGCUCUUGUUGCGGUUCAAUUAGAACAGCAUCAAAAACAACAAAUUCCUAUUGAUGCAAACCAUGGCGGAGUUAUCAUAGAAGAAGUGUCUAAUCUUGAAGAUUUACCACCUGUUGACCCAUAUCAGAUGCAAACAAUUGAGGAACACAAUCAACCUCAAGUUUAUUCAUUGAUUCAAACAUUCAAAAGAGGCACUCACAUGAUAAAAACAGAAUUUGUCGAUGUUAAAUGUGAGGAAGAACUAGAUAUAUCAGCAGAGAGUAGUGAAGAUGCAGUACAAACUCCAGGAAUUAGAAGGUCUUUACCUCACAAGAAAAGAAUUGCUAAAAAAUUAAAACAGCAAUCUAAAAAAGUUGGACAGAAAAAAGAUAGUGCCAGUCUUGAUCAAACGGGAGUGAUAGUAACAGAAGUAGAAUCUAAAUCUCAAGGAAAUAUAUUCAAAUGUGAAAUUUGUGGUAUGAGGUGCAAUGCUCAACUGACAUUUUUUGAACAUUUGAAGUCUCACUAUGAACCAGUAAAAGAAGAAAAGAAAACAAUGAAUCAGCCUGUGAAUAAUAAUAUAACUAUUAAUAUGCUGGGAUCAUCGGUUCAAGGAGUUGUCGAAAAUGUGAUAGAAGAAUUUAGUGAACCAGAAGAUUUAAUGGAAGGAAUUCGUGAUGUUGUUGAAGAGACUGGAGCUCACAUCGAUGAUGAUGAAGAUGAUGAUGGCCAAAUUGUUGAAGAAGACCCAUUACCAGAAACUACAAAUGAUAGUACGGUAUGGACAAUAGAUGAAGUCCAGGAACAUAUUGAACAAGAAGACAUGGAAGAACCACAAAAUAUAACCCAACAGGUUUCUUUUGAGUUGGAUAGUUCUAAAACCUCUGAAACUGUUAAGAAAAAAAGACAAAAAUCUAAAAAACCACCUGAUGAAUUAACUUGCACAGAAUGCCGCCGAUCUUUUCAUCACAAGAAUAGUUUAGUUUAUCACAUGCGUUCACAUAGUGGUGAAAGACCACAUCAAUGUGAAAUUUGUGGAAAAAGUUUCUUUGCUGCGAGUGCAUUAAAGGUUCAUAAACGUCUUCACAGUGGCGAUAAACCAUACAAAUGUGAAGAUUGUGGUCGUCAUUUUCGACAAUGGGGAGAUCUCAAAUAUCACUCAACUAGUUUGCAUUCAGAACAGCGACAAUUUCAAUGUGAAUAUUGCGGCAAAGAUUUUGCACGAAAAUAUUCACUCAUCGUUCACAGGCGCAUCCACACUGGUGAAAAGAAUUAUCGUUGUGAAUAUUGCAAUAAAACUUUCAGAGCUAGCAGUUACUUGCAAAAUCAUCGCAGAAUUCAUACUGGUGAAAAACCACAUCCUUGCGACGUUUGUGGAAAACCAUUCCGUGUGCGCAGUGAUAUGAAACGACAUAUGCUAACACAUUCGCGCUCUACCAAUAGAGUUGAUAGAGCUGCAACUAAAACUGCAGUUGCCAAAAGUACACCAAACAAUGAUGGCAGCAUAGCUGACGAAGAGUCCUUAGAUAAAAGAAGGACGAUCAACGAGAUCGUGCACGAAUUGAAGUUAGAAGUCGAACCCUGUGCUGCAGCUGCUGAAUUAGCGGCUGCCGUGGCUGCUGCUAGUGCUGGUAACGAUGACCAGUCUAUUUUGCCUCAUGUAAACGUACAAACCCUUGAAUACGUGACUCAAGCAAAUAAUGGUGAUACACCUAACGAUCGCGAUCCGCUCGGAGCUGUUGUCCGGACCGAUGGCCUGUUAGUGGAUUUCCAGCUUUUUUAAAAGAAAACUUAAAUCAUGGAACGAUUAUUUAUGACUCAUUGGUUUUUUCUCUCACUUUGAUAUACAAAAGUAAUUGAUGAACUUGUGAAACUGUAAUCGCAGGCUAUAGUAUGGCGACAUUGUAAAAUUACGAGGAAUUUUUUAAUUCUAGCAUGAUUAAGUUUUAAGAAUGAAAACUUAGUUUGAAGUUAAAAAUAUAUAUUUACAUAAUUUAUUUUUCGAGUAAUUGAACCAUAGGAGAAUGCUUAAUUUUCUUAAAAAGACUGGUUAUAAUUUCAAUAAGUGAUUACGAUAUGCGAACUGUAUAUUUGGAAGAAAAAAAUCAGCUCUGUUGGUACCUAAUGUAUUUAUUGAGAUAAAGAAGCUAUUGCUUCAACCUUGAUAUCCCAAACUAUACUGAGCUAACUUGUUUAAUACUUAUAUUUUUAUUGUUUAGUUUUUAUUGGCACCAACAUUUGUUAAUUUGUCAUAAUUUAGUUUAAUUGCGAGCGAAAUAUGCUGUGAAGAUUUUUAACUUACAAUAUAAAUUGUUCAAGAAUUCACAGCGUUAAAAUUGAUAUUGUUAUGAUUCUAAUUUACCUAUUAAUUAAUUUAAAGAAUCGGCCUGUAUAUAAAGCUCUAUCAUUUCAUUAAGUAUUCUUAAUCAUAAAAUAAAAAAAUCAAGGAAUAAUCUUAUAAGAAAAUGCGCAUAAAGCUAUGUAGCUCUUAAUAAUAAUAAUACGUACGUCGUGAGUUAAUGUAAAUUUUAUUUCUCAUGAAAAUGUGUAACACUUUUAUACACCUACACACUCACCUGUCAGUGUUGAAAAAUAUAUUUUUUAUUACAUAGCAACGUUUACAGAAAAA